CUCUCCCCCGCUUCUUCCGAUUCGACGAUGCUUUUUUUGCUGGGCCUCGUGUUUCUUCCCAGUUUGGUGUCUUCCGGCUUCCUUCCUGUGUCCACCAACAAUAGCAAUGCCAUCGGGAAGCCCCGCGGUGUGACGGCACCCGUUCCUGACCUCCUGGUAGGCUGCCACAGCCCCUUCCACGCGCUGCCCUUCCCCGUUCCCUUGAACUACAAGCAGACCAAGGCAGAGAAACAAGCAUGGCUCCACGAGUAUGUUAAGCGAUGAUCAAUGAUGACGAGACACAAUUGACGAAAGACUUCUGCAUGCAUGCAUGACAUUGUGUGCAGUUACGACCAGCAUGUGGCAUAUGCUGACCUUCCAUACCGCAACUUUAGCGCCCCUGAAGUGCCAACAACCUCUGCAGCGUUCCCCAAAGGAGUUUUCCCUCGAAAGCUCUGUGAGGCUCGCUCUCAAAAAUAUGCAUGUCACAAAGUGCAAAUCGACCAUCGUGACGUCUUUUCUCUUGAUCACCGUGCGUGUCUGCUUUGUCAAGAUGGGUUCAACCCGGAUGAGUUCCAGGUAUUCUGGCAGACUCAAGAAGGGAACAUUCUGGUGGACUCCGGCCGCUUGUGUGGGAAGAAAGAUGGCGAUUCCUGUAUGCCCCGUAAGUGAGUUCGGGUUGUUGGCGUUUCCAUGAAGAUAAGCACGUCAGGUCAUGAAUUUCACAUCCGUGUGUGCACAGACAAAUGGCCGCGGGACGUGCUGGCCGGCCCCGUCCCGCACUACUGGCAGAUGAACCUUUUGGACACGGAACAGAUCCAAAUCGGUAGGACGUCUUCGUCUUCGAUGAUUUCGUCUCAAGCGCUCCUCCGGCAAAAGUGUGUAAAUGCUUUGUCUCCUGUCUGUAUGCCCACAGCUCUCAAUAAUUUAGACCUGCCGCUCAAUCACUUCACCGGAAUUUGGUUCCACAACUGUCAUCGAGUGAGACACCACACAGUGUGGGCUCCUUUUCUCGCAACACCGCUGUGCCAUCUCCGAAUGUGUCUCUCUUCCUAUCUUGUAGGACAUGUUUUUCGAGGAAGCCAUGCAGUUGGCCCCGGAUGAAGCCAACCCUGGCAGGUAUCUUCCGUAUCGGGCCCCCAAUCAGAUCAUGUGGAUGGUGACCGCGUCCCUCCUGGCACAUACGGAAGACGCCUAUAUGAUCAACACCAUCUUCCCCGCCCUCUUCUGGCAAGGAGAGCCGUGCGAGUGCGCAUUCGCCAACCAGUACUGCGCCUUUCAUUCGGCGUUUGGACGAGAGAUGUGCUGGCCAUCGCACAGCGUGGCUCUUAACUUCGACAUGAGCAUGUCGGUCCUUGAGGGCCUCGGAUGGCGCAUCGCCGGCGGAGUGGACGUGGGGGACUAUAUCUCAGGAAAGGAAAUAUUCCAAAAAUUUGCAACGAUUUUCCAGCGUAUUUAAAUCAACAGACACCGACAAAGAGCGAUGGGGGCAGGGAGAGAGGGGGAGAGAGAGAGAGAGAGAGAGAGAGGGAGAGGGAGAGAGAGUGCUCGACGUCAAGACAGAAUCGAUACGAGUGAGGAAAUCGAUAGAACGAGCGGUCGGGAGGAUAAAUGACGGGGGGCCGGCGGAAGUGACGCGACUUGUGUCUGCAAACAUUGACAGUCUGAGGUGGAUACACAGACACGUACACCGAGCAAACCUUCAUACGUCCAAGCCUUCUCACACAUCGAAGAAAAAGACGGCUACAUGUGUGAUCCGUGCCGUUCGACGCACCAGCAGAGCAUGAGUG